GAUACCGUGCUAUCAAAGAAAUACAUACACUCUUCCUCUAUCCUGAUGAUAUAAUCGAAUCUAGUAGUGAUACAGCAGGUGUAGACGAAAAAUUAGAAGCUAAAAAAUCAAAAUUUGAUUUAAUAAUGAGAGGGUGGGUGAACCGAUCUAUGAGCACAAGAUUUAGCAGAAGUAAUAGACUGAGGGAUUUUAACCCAAGACUUGAAACGAAUGAAGAAUCGUAUAAUAGCGACGAAGAAUAUGAUGAUGAUGAUUACGGUGAUACAAAUGGUGAAAGAAGGGUACCGAU